CGCAGAGGCGCAGUGUGAUAGGGAGCGGUGACGGAGCUGAUCUCACACACACACACACACGCACACCCACAGCAGGUUCGUACUGUACAGAAACAUGUCUUCUUCCUCCCUACGGAACAUGACGAAGACUCCCCGUAGGUAGGACGUGUCAUCACUCCCCCAGGCAGCGGUGGACGAACUGCUGGUUCCGCUCCGGAGAUGGCGUCCCUGUGGGGGUCAGUUCCAAAAGUUGGAUCUUCCUCUAUCUUCCUGGACAAUAGCACCUGCUACAGAAACACAAACAACACUGUUCUCAGUGGAGUCCCGUUUGGAGGAGUGCCGGUCGUCCUAUUGCUGGAUUUUUCUGUCUUUCUGGUGCUGCUGGUCAUCUUCUCGAUUAUCAGGAGGACGUUUUGGGACCAUGGGCGAUUAGCUCUGGUCGCAGACAACGAAGGGCUCACCAAGGGAAUGCACAGUCGCAAAAGACACACGUCAUCAUUUGUGUCUACUGAGGAUGCCUUAGAGUAUGAACAGGGAUUCUGCUCUUGGCUUCCUUACAUCAUCAGUAUGAAUGAUGACAAAGUGAAAUCCAAAAGUGGCCCGGACGCUGUUCACUACUUAUCCUUUCAGCGCCAUCUGAUCGUCCUGCUGUCCAUCAUCACUGUCAUCUCCCUGUCAGUCAUACUGCCUAUCAACCUGAGUGGAGACCUACAAGGUAGUGAGGCCAAGGAUUUUGGAAGGACAACUAUUGGAAAUCUUUCAAAUGGAAACAACCUGUUAUGGGCGCACACAGUGGUUGCUGUUUUCUUUUUGAUCCUGGCAGUUUUUGUGCUGCGACGUCACACAUCUCAAGUACAAGACAUAAGCAGAGAGAUGACCAGAAACACCUUGUUUGUGCUUUCGGUUCCUAAAACAGCAAAAGAAGAAGAUGUAAAGGCCCAUUUCACAGAGGCGUACCCGAACUGCGAAGUGUGCGCUGUGACCUUGGGCUAUGACGUGACCAAGCUCAUGAGCCUUGAUCAGGAGAGGAUUCGAGCAGGAAAAAACCUGCGCUACUAUGAGCGUAUCCUAGAGAAAACAGGACAACAUGAUUUGAUUAACCCUCGUUUGUGUGGACAACUCUGUUCCUGCUGCAACUCUGAGAAGGUUGAUGCCAUCGAGUACUACAGUGCUAAAGAAAAAUACCUUCUUGAAAAGAUGAGGGAGCAGGUGGAACUGGCACCAUCACACCCCCUGGGGAUGGCCUUUGUGACCUUGCAGACCGAGGCCAUGGCCAAAUUCAUUCUGAAAGACUUCAACGCUCUCAAGUGUGUUGGCACAACGUUCUGUUGUGGGGGUGAGCAACAGCCUUCGUCCUAUAGUGAACCUCUGAAAGUAAGCAAGUGGAGAGUCAGCUUUGCACCUCAUCCCAAGAAUUUAUACUGGGAGAAUCUGUCAGUGAAGGGUUUUUACUGGUUCGGGCGCUUUGUGAUAAUCAAUUUGUGCCUCUUCACCGGGCUCACCUUCCUCACGACUCCCACCAUCAUUAUGAACACCAUCGACAAGUUCAAUGUGACAAAACCCAUCACCUAUCUCAACAGCCCAAUUAUCAGUCAGUUCGUCCCCACUCUACUGCUGUCGACCUUCUCUGCAUUGCUUCCCACCGUAGUCUACUAUUCCACUCUAGGAGAAGCACACUGGAGCAGGUCCAGUGAGCAGCUGAGCAUGAUGCGUAAACUCUACAUAUUCCUGCUCUUCAUGGUGCUCAUCCUCCCCUCACUAGGACUCACCAGUCUCGCAGUUUUUUUCCGCUGGCUGUUUGAUCGAACGUUCCUCAACGAAGGGACAGUGAGGUUUGAGUGUGUGUUUCUACCUGACCAAGGGGCGUUUUUUGUCAACUAUGUGAUCGCAGCGGCUUUCGUGGGCUCUGGGUUGGAACUGCUGCGGUUGCCAGGGUUAUUGCUUUACAUCAUCCGUUUGGGAUUCGCACGCUCUGCCGCUGAAAGAAAAUAUGUCAAACAGAGCCAGGCCUACGAAUUUGAAUAUGGAGCGAUGUAUGGCUGGACCCUCUGUGUGUUCACCGUUGUUGUGGCUUACAGCAUCAUUUGUCCCAUCAUUACGCCUUUUGGUCUACUGUACAUGCUGCUGAAGCACAUGGUGGACAAACACAACCUGUACUUUGUCUACCUGCCUGCCCGCCUCGACCGCCGUGUCCACCUGGGAGCUGUCAGUAAAGCUAUGGCCGCGCCCAUCCUCUGCCUAAUAUGGCUUUACUUCUUCUCUGUCCUGAGAACAGGCUUCUGGACUUCCACAUCUCUUUUCACACUGGUGGUUCUGUUUAUCACCGUCUUCAUCUGCAUCAGCUACACGUGCUUCGGCUGUUUCAAAUACCUCAGCCCUCACAACUAUACGGUGAAAGAAGAGGACGAGGAAGAAGUAGCUGAAGAAAAUGCUAAGUUACAGGUCUACCUUCCCAGAGUGCUUAAUCCCGAAUCACCUGCCAGCACCUUACAGGGGUCCAAACAUCAGUCUUAUGGAGCCACAGACAGCAGCCUGAACAGCAGCUUCAGUCUAGUAGAGGAAAGCAUGUCAACCGAUCCAGUGCAGUUAAUCACAGAUCAUCAGAGUCAAGAUUUCAUCGACUCCUGAUUAUAAUAUCUUUUCAUUUGCAUAUAGGCCUCUAUCAUUGCAUCCAUGAUGCAGCAUUACACUCAAGUGUCACAGCAGUAGUCAUAUAUUUACAGGGGGAUUACUUCACACCUUGAAAAUUGAUCACGACAAUCAGUGCAUUGGGGAUCCACCCUGGGAAAUGAUUUGGGAAUGGAAGUUUAAAGGUGAACACAGUUUAUGUAUUUCUAAGUGGCUCUGUGGGGCUAUAUGAAAACCAAUGUCAUGUCUUGGUGAUGCAUGCAGAGGGUUACGUCUGCAUCACCACUUUCCUGUCCCCAAAAUGUUCGUAAAUAUGGGUCGGAGUUUGCGUACAAGUGCACACAUUGUCCCGUCAAGUUUCUUUAUACCCAACUUUAGAGAGCCCACUUUAUGCAUAUGCAACAGUUAUAAAUGAGGCCCCAGCACUGUCCCAAUCCACAAGAGUCCAACGUGAAACCUACUCUCUCUUAAUCUUGUCAGUCACAAAACACGGCUACAUGUUGUAUGUUUCUGUACGAGAUCUCUCUCUGAUAAGGACCAAGUCACCAAGGAAUGUUUAACCAAAACCUGCCAUUUAAUCAAGCCAUAAUGUUUGUGGGAAAAACACAGAAAUUGAUUUCAUUGCACAUGAAUUGUAAGAGGCGAAAAAUGCAAUUAACUAGAUAAUCAAGCUACUGCCGCUGAUGCCAAAGAGGACUCUGUGUCUCCACAUUUCUCCACAGUGCCUUUUUUGAUGCUACAUGAUGACAUUUCCUGCCAAGGAAAUAAUUUUUGCCUAAUUGAUAAUGCACUUUUUGUAUCUCUGUUUCUGUGUAGUAACAAGAGCUAAAUUUCUUCUUUAAUAAGACAAGAGAACAACUAUUUGUAUCAGUAUUUCAGGCAUUUUGUAACCACAAGUGCUAGAAUAUUUAAGCUGUAUAUUGCCAUGGUUAGGUGUUAUUUUCAUUGGUGUUCAAGGUAAAAAUAAAAUGCUGUAUGAUGAAUGAACGAAUGUUUUUGAAAAGGUCAAUAUUUUUUUCUAUUUAAUGUACUAUGGAGUCAUGUGUUUGCAGCUUUGUGCAUUUUAACAAAUAAAUAAACCCUUAAGACAAAAA